CACCCUUUCCAGUGAGCCACAACCAUUGAGCCAUAUUGAGCCGACGUCGGCUCGGCGCCCGCGCGGCGCGGCGACCGAAGAAUCCCCGCGAUUUGGACUUCAACACCGAAUUCGCCACGGCGGCUGGAUUUCCUCGCCAUGGCGUGGUUCGAGGGUCGCUCCCCUGUCUUCGGCUUUGGGUCCAAUAGCGUUCGGCAGCUACGAGGCCGCCUGAGCGAUCCGAGCCUGGUGGGCUUCCCUGGCCGCAUCCGAGGCCAAGUCUUGGCCUUUUGUGGUCCUAACCGCAGCUGGGCCUAUGAUGAGAAGAAAUCGGUGGGCACUGCUACGCUGAUCCCGAAGGAGAACUCCACGGCGCUGGGCACCGUGGCGUUCUUGACCGCGGAGCAGAUCGAAUUGCUGGACUCAUACGAAGCUGUCCCGCACGUCUACCAGCAGCGGCACUUCGACGCGGAGGUCUUUCGUGGUGCCGCCUGGCAUCGGAUGCCGGUGAUGGCCUACAUCCGGGCCGACAGCCAGGACUGGUACGAGCCCAGCCAGGCAUAUUGUUGCGCCAUUCUGAGGAACUUAGGAGGUAGCUUUCCUGGCAUCACCCAGCUGGUGAUCCGCAACACUGCAGGAGAGGAGAAGUCCCAGUGGUCUCAUCCGGGCUUCGGCCGGCUUGAACUGGGCGCCUUCCUCUUCGAGGUGGGGAUUCGCAAGGAACGGCCCUGGCAGAUGCCCCGGGAGAUCGGUGAGAUCAAGCAGCACUUCUGCGCCCGGAAAGUUCUUUGUCCGAGUAGCAUCACCAAGGAGAAGAUGGGUGACUUGAUGGAAGAUGAGGACUACGCUAUUGUCGAAGCGCUGCUUCAAAGUUCAGGCAGCGUGAGCAUUGAGGAAGACGACUCACAAGCUGAGCGGGUUCCCUAUGAGCAGGCGUUGAUGUGAGACACAUCAGCUCCUGAUUUGUCCCUCCCUAAUUCACCAUGCUUCAACUAGGCUCGACCGACCCAGAGCCUUGGUGAUGCAACUUCGCGCAGUUUUCCUUUCUUCACGCCUGAUCAGCAGGGGGGCCCUACCGGCCCCUUUCUGACUCGUGGCGAUAAAAAUAGAUGAGCGCCUGGACCCAUCGUGUGAGGGAAAGUGGUGGCUGGG